AUGUCGAAACUUGCUAACGGUCAAGAAAAUCCUCAACUAACAAACUACAGUCGUGCUGAUUGGGCGGACGACGAGGAGUUCGACGAAGCUCAAUCCCUCCCACCCCAACAAGUGAUCACUAACAAAGACGGUACCAAGACUGUUAUUUCUUAUCGAUUUAACGACGACGGCAAGAAAGUAAAAACCAGCCGCCGAAUUCGAACAACUGUGGUCAAGGAACACGUGAACCCCAGAGUCGCAGAACGGCGAGGAUGGCCAAAGUUUGGGCUUGAAAAGGGCCAUCCGGCUGGUCCCUCGUUCGAUACUACCUCCGUUGGUGAAAAUAUUAUCUUCAGACCUAGUGUAAACUGGAAAGCACAAGCGAAAGAAGCAGAGAAAGCAGGCCCUGAGAAGGGAAGCAUCAAGGACCAACUAAAGGACAAGAAAGUCAAGUGCCGAAUUUGUUCCGGGGAGCAUUUCACUGCCAGAUGUCCGUUCAAGGAUACGAUGGCACCAGUUGAAGAACCUGGUGCGGGCACCGGUGAAGAUGCGGGUGAAGAGCGGCCAACUGGCGCCCUGGGUGCUGGUGGCAGCAGUUACGUGCCGCCCCAUCUGCGCAAAGGUGGUGCUUCAGCUGGAGAGCGCAUGGGCGGGAAAUAUGAGCGAGACGAUCUGGCAACUCUUCGCGUUACAAACGUGAGCGAGCUGGCCGAAGAACAAGAAAUUCGGGACAUGUUUGAAAGAUUCGGUCGCGUCACAAGAGUCUUUCUGGCAAAGGAUAGGGAAACAAAUAUGGCGAAAGGCUUCGCCUUCAUUUCGUUCCAAGAUAGAAGUGAUGCUGCUCGCGCAUGCGAGAAAAUGGACGGAUUUGGUUAUCGGCAUCUGAUCCUACGCGUGGAGUUUGCGAAGAAGACUACGUAAUUUAACUGAUCUAUUUCCGGCUAAUGUGGUGUUUUCAAAUUGAUAUGGUUUCGGUAAAGAAAAAUUUCCCCCAAGUGUACUCUGUGAUGAUUGUUGAAUGAAUGCAUUUACGGUUACUUCGAUUGAUUCUUUGAAAAUAUGUAGAUGGCCUCAACAUAGUGUGUCUAUUUGGUUCUCCUAUUUUCUGCCUCUGUCCAUACGACCCUAGAGUUAGCGCGCUUUAUCACCCAGGAUUAGAACCCUCGUCUAACCCCUUCCUCCCCACGGAUCCGAUAGGGGAUAGGGUGGUUUCUUAUCCUUCUAAUGCGGCUGCUGUUGCUGUUGCCUUUAGCGCAUCGUGUUUGCUCUUUUCAUAUAUUCCCGCUUGCAAAAUUCAAAUACCACAUGAAA